GCUGCAUUCCUCUCCUCUCCGUUCACACGCAGGGAGCAGUCGGACAGAGAGCACCUCCACUCCGCGACCAGAGUGGAAAUGUCCCCAAGUUUUUCGGAAUUUAAAAACCAUGGCGAGGAUAUCUGGCCCGAGGAUCACCUGAAUCUGGCUCCCACCUCGCACCUCUGUGGAUGAUGUUCCUGUCGACGGCCUGCAACACGGAGAACAGGACAGCACAUCAGUAGUUUUGUUUCCCCUUCCCUUAUCCUGCUCUCUCUCGUUCAAACUAUCCUCCCUUAUUCCUUGACAAUAAAGUGGGAAAGAAAAAAAAAUCCUGACUUGGUACCAGAGUGUGUCCUCCUCUUCCUCCUCUCCUUCUCCUUCCCCAUCCCCCUAAGCCUUUCCUCUAAACCGCCCAGAUAUGUGUCCCUUAGCCCGGUCAGCGGCUUUCCCUGGCCUGGGGAACCUGGUUCUCUUCUUGGGGCUCUUGCUUACCAUGAGCUCAUCCUUCUGUGGAGGCCAACCCCCAACCUUCAAACGAUUUACCCCUGCUGAGUGGGGGCUCACACAUCUGGCCAUACACAACAAAACUGGAGAAGUCUAUGUUGGAGCCGUCAACUGGAUUUUCAAGCUAUCAAGCAACUUGACCAAACUGCGCAGCCACAUGACUGGCCCAGUGGUGGACAAUGAGAAGUGCUAUCCUCCUCCCAGUGUCCAGUCUUGCCCACAUGACUUGGCCCAGACCCCAAAUGUGAAUAAACUUCUUCUCAUAGACUACGCACAGAACCGCCUCAUUGCCUGUGGAAGUACCUCGCAGGGCAUCUGCCAGUUCCUGCGUCUGGACGACCUUUUUAAGCUUGGUGAGCCCCACCACCGCAAGGAGCACUACCUCUCCAGUGUGGCAGAGUCUGGUACCAUGUCUGGGGUGAUCAUUAGCUCCCCCCACAGUACUACCAGCAAGCUAUUUAUUGGAACCCCCAUUGAUGGCAAGUCUGAAUACUUUCCAACCCUGUCCAGCCGAAAACUGAUGGAGAAUGAAGAAAAUGCUGACAUGUUCAGCUUUGUCUAUCAGGAUGAGUUUGUCUCCUCUCAGCUGAAGAUCCCCUCGGACACUCUGUCCAAGUUCCCUGCCUUCGACAUCUAUUAUGUGUACAGCUUUAGCAGUGAGCAGUUUGUCUAUUACUUAACAAUGCAGCUGGAUACUCAACUGACCUCCCCUGAUGCCAGCGGAGAGCAGUUCUUCACUUCCAAAAUUGUCCGACUCUGCGUAGAUGACCCCAAGUUUUACUCCUACGUCGAGUUCCCAAUUGGCUGCACUAAAGAUGGGGUAGAGUACCGCCUGGUGCAGGAUGCCUUCUUGGCUCGACCAGGCCGGCAGCUGGCCAACUCUCUGGGGAUCUCGGAGAAUGAAGACAUCCUCUUCACAGUCUUUUCUCAGGGUCAGAAGAAUCGGGCCAAACCACCCAAAGAGUCAGCAUUGUGUCUGUUCACCCUAAGGAGGAUAAAAGAGAAGAUCAAAGAACGGAUUCAGUCCUGUUACAAGGGAGAUGGGAAACUCUCCCUGCCCUGGCUGCUCAACAAGGAGCUAGCCUGCAUCAACUCGCCACUGCAAAUUGACGACAACUUCUGCGGCCAGGACUUCAACCAGCCUCUAGGGGGAACCAGCACCAUCGAGGGCACCCCCCUCUUCAUCGACAAAGACGAUGGGAUGACCUCGGUGGCGGCGUACGACUACCGUGGCAACACUGUGGCUUUUGUCGGCACACGCAAUGGCAAACUGAAGAAGAUCCUGGUGAAUUCUGUGAGUCCCAACCGUCCAGCGGUGUUGUACGAGAAAGUGACCGUGAGUGAGGGAGGAAGUCCCUUACUGAGAGACAUGCUGUUCAGCCCAGACCUGCAGCAUAUCUACACACUCACCGACAGACAGGUGGUGAGAGUUCCAGUGGAGAGCUGUGAGCAGUACACCACUUGCGGGGAGUGUUUGGGCUCCAGAGACCCUCACUGUGGAUGGUGUGUCCUCCACAACGUUUGUUCACGUAAGGACCGUUGUGAACGAGCAGGAGAAGCCCAGAGGUUUGCCUCUGACCAGAGGCAGUGUGUGGAGCUCACUGUUCAACCAGGAAACAUCUCUGUCACCAUGUCUGAAGUCCAGCUGGUCCUCCAGGCUCGUAACGUGCCCGAUCUGUCAGCAGGGGUCAACUGCUCCUUCGAGGACUAUGUAGAGACGGAGGGACGGAUCCAGGGUGGACACAUCUUCUGCCUCUCCCCCUCCAUGCGAGACAUCAUCCCGAUCACAAGGAACAAAGGUGACAAGCGUGUGGUGAAGCUCUAUCUGAAAUCCAAGGAAACAGGCAAGAAGUUUGCCAGCGUCGACUUUGUCUUCUACAAUUGCAGCGUCCACCAGUCCUGCCUUUCCUGUGUAAAUGGCUCCUUCCCCUGCCACUGGUGCAAGUACCGCCACAUGUGCACCCAGAACGCCAAUGACUGCUCUUUCCAGGAGGGACGUGUCAACAUCUCUGAGGACUGCCCACAGAUCCUUCCCUCAACCCAGAUCUACAUACCCGUCGGCGUGACCAAGCCGAUCACCCUAGCAGCCAAGAACCUGCCCCAGCCCCAAUCAGGACAGAGGAACUACGAGUGCGUCUUCCACAUCCAGGGGGAGACUCACAGUGUCCCCGCCCUGCGCUUCAACAGCACCUCCAUCCAGUGCCAGAAAACAGCGUACACCUAUGAUGGCAAUGACAUCAGUGACCUGCCGGUGGACCUGUCCGUGGCUUGGAAUGGAAACUUUGUCAUUGACAACCCCUACAACAUCAAAGCCCACCUGUAUAAGUGCUACGCACUAAGGGACAGCUGUGGGAUGUGUUUGAAGGCAAACCCCAGGUUUGAGUGCGGCUGGUGCGUGCAGGAGAAGAAGUGCUCCCUGAGACAGGAGUGUACUCCUCCCGAGAGCACUUGGAUGCAUGCCACCACAGGAAACAGCCGCUGUGCACACCCCAAGAUCACCAAGUUGCAUCCUGAGACUGGGCCCAGACAGGGAGGAACCAUGCUCACCAUCACUGGCGAGAAUCUGGGUCUGCAGUUCAAAGACAUCCAGAAUGGAGUGCGAAUCGGAAAGGUGACCUGCAACCCUCAGGAGGACCAAUACAUCAGCGCUGAACAGAUUGUGUGUCGGCUCAAUGAUGCAACAGGCUACCGGGUGCAGGAGGCUCAAGUGGAGGUGUGCGUGAGGGACUGCAUUCACCCCGACUACAAAGCAGUCUCAACCAAGGCCUUCACCUUCGUGUCUCCGUACUUUACCCGUGUCCAUCCCUCCACGGGCCCGCUGUCUGGAGGAACCAGGAUCACCAUCGAAGGCAGUCAUCUCAAUGCAGGAAGUGGCGUGUCUGUGAAGAUAGGACUUAACUCCUGCAGCUUUGAAAGGCGGAGCAGCAAGGAGAUAGUGUGUGUGACCCCAUCGGGUCUAGCCUCAGGAACCACCCCAGUCAUGGUGGACAUCAACUCUGCGGAGCUGAGGAACCCAGAGGUCAAGUUCAACUACACAGACGAUCCUACCAUUCUCAAGAUCGAGCCUGACUGGAGCAUUGCGAGUGGAGGAACCAUGUUGACCAUUACUGGGACCAACCUGGCAACCAUCAAGGAGCCUAAAAUGAGAGCCAAGUACGGAUCUGCCAAGUCUGAAAAUAACUGUACGGUUGUCAACAACACUGUGAUGAUGUGUCUGGUGCCCUCUGUGGCCGGAUCCGACAAAGGCUUCUCGGAGGUCGGCAGCAGUCCUGACGAGAUCGGUUUUGUCAUGGAUGAUGUGCGCUCUGUGUUGGUCGUCAACGAGACUUUCAGCUACCACCCUGACCCCGUGUUCGAACCUCUGAGCCCCUCAGGCAUGUUGGAGCUGAAGCCCAGCUCACCACUCAUUCUCAAGGGCCGUAACCUAAUUCCCGCAGCCCCAGGAAACACUAAGCUGAACUACACAGUGCUGAUCGGCGAGACUCCCUGUGUUCUCACCCUGUCUGAGAGCCAGCUGUUGUGUGAAUGGCCAAACCUGACCGGAGAACACAAAGUAACUGUGCGUGUUGGAGGCUUUGAGUACUCACCAGGGACCCUGCAAAUAUACUCAGACAGCCUCCUCACCCUGCCUGCCAUCAUUGGUAUCGGAGGAGGUGGUGGCCUCCUCUUGCUGGUUAUCAUUGUGGUGCUGAUUGCUUAUAAGAGGAAGUCACGGGAUGCCGACCGCACCCUCAAGCGGCUUCAACUGCAGAUGGACAACCUGGAAUCCAGGGUGGCCCUUGAGUGCAAAGAAGCCUUUGCAGAACUGCAGACGGACAUCCACGAACUCACCCAGGAGCUGGAUGGAGCAGGAAUCCCUUUCCUGGACUACCGCACAUACGCCAUGAGAGUCCUCUUCCCUGGGAUUGAGGACCAUCCUGUGCUCAAGGAGAUGGAGGUACGGGUCCCUGCCAACGUGGAGAAGGCUCUGACGUUGUUCGGCCAGAUGCUGACCAAAAAGCACUUCCUGCUUACCUUCAUCCGCACCCUGGAGGCGCAGCGGUCCUUCUCCAUGCGAGACAGAGGCAACGUGGCGUCCCUCAUCAUGACAGCACUGCAGGGGGAGAUGGAAUAUGCCACGGGUGUCCUCAAACAGCUCCUGUCUGACCUCAUUGACAAAAACUUGGAGAGCAAGAACCACCCGAAGCUCUUACUCAGGAGGACGGAGUCAGUCGCUGAGAAGAUGCUCACCAACUGGUUCACCUUCCUGCUUUACAAGUUCCUCAAGGAGUGUGCUGGUGAGCCUCUCUUCAUGCUGUACUGUGCCAUGAAGCAGCAAAUGGAAAAGGGACCAAUAGACGCGAUCACGGGAGAAGCCCGCUACUCCCUUAGCGAGGACAAACUCAUCAGACAGCAGAUUGACUACAAGACUUUGACGCUGCACUGUGUGAACCCAGAGAACGAAAACGCUCCGGAGGUGACGGUGAAGAGCCUGAACUGUGACACAGUGACGCAAGUGAAGGAGAAGCUGCUGGAUGCUGUGUACAAGGGAACGCCGUACUCCCAGAGACCAAAGGCCUCGGAUAUGGACCUGGAAUGGCGGCAGGGCAGGAUGGCUCGCAUCAUCCUCCAGGACGAGGACGUCACCACUAAGAUCGACAAUGACUGGAAGAGACUCAACUCCCUGGCUCACUACCAGGUGACAGAUGGCUCAGUGAUUGCCCUGGUGCCUAAACAGAACUCAGCCUACAACAUCUCCAACUCCUCCACGUUCACCAAGUCCCUCAGCAGAUACGGUACGAGAGAAGAGAGCAUGCUGAGGACAGCCAGCAGUCCAGACAGCUUGCGCUCCAGAACUCCCAUGAUCACCCCCGACCUCGAGAGCGGCACCAAACUGUGGCACCUGGUCAAGAACCACGAUCACUCGGAUCAGAGGGAAGGGGACAGAGGGAGCAAGAUGGUCUCUGAGAUCUAUCUAACCCGACUGCUGGCCACCAAGGGUACACUCCAGAAGUUCGUGGAUGACCUGUUUGAGACCAUCUUCAGCACAGCACACAGAGGCAGCGCUCUGCCACUCGCCAUCAAAUACAUGUUUGACUUCCUGGAUGAGCAGGCGGACAAACACUCCAUAUCAGACUCUGACGUACGGCACACUUGGAAGAGCAACUGUCUUCCGUUGCGGUUCUGGGUGAAUGUGAUCAAGAACCCGCAGUUCGUCUUUGACAUCCACAAGAACAGCAUUACAGACGCCUGCUUAUCUGUGGUGGCUCAGACUUUCAUGGACUCGUGUUCGACAUCAGAGCAUAAACUGGGGAAGGACUCGCCCUCGAACAAGCUGCUCUACGCUAAAGACAUCCCCAACUACAAGAACUGGGUAGAAAGGUACUACUCUGACAUCUCCAGGAUGCCAGUCAUCAGCGACCAGGACAUGAGUGCGUACCUGGCGGAGCAGUCGCGCCUGCAUGCCAACCAGUUCAACAGUAUGUCGGCCCUACAUGAGAUCUACUCCUACAUUGUCAAGUACAAGGACGAGAUCUUGUCAGCUUUGGAGCGGGACGAGCAGGCGAGGAGACAGAGACUGCGGAGCAAGCUGGAGCAGGUCAUUGACACAAUGGCCCUGAGCAGCUGAGGACCAUCCGGCGGCUCCACCUCCUCCUCCUCUUCUUCACUCCUCCUCUCCAUCGGUCUCUCUCCCUCGCUCCUCUCACCCGGAAAACAAACAAGACUCCAAACCCCAACAAUACAGACACACUGCAAACGGACUGAAGCAGCACACUGCAAACUGGGGGGGUUCGGCAGAGAUGGGCGGGCCUGUGUACGCUUACAUGUGUAUGUGUGUGUUUGUCUGCGGCCCCAUAUGGUGUGAGAGACUGGGACACCGGACAUUUUCACACAUGCAUACGUGGAAAAAUGUGUCAACUGACAGCAUUUGAUUUUUGUGGAUGUUGGUGUCUGUGGUUUGCUUGAUUUUUGAUUUCAGGACUUUAGUCGUGAUGAAGCGAUGGUCGGGAAAGAAACAGUGGAAGCCUGAAAAAGAACUCCAUAUAUGGCAUCGUCAUUAACAGGAUGGACCAAUCUGUGAUGAGCCUAUGAGGAGAGGCUCUCUAGGUCAUGUGACUGAGUGUGUCACAGUUUUAAAGGAUGUUAGAUUUUUUUUUUUGUAUAAAUGUAAUCAACUGCCCACUCUCUGAUCUCUCGCCACUUGUAUUACUGCUGAAUUUGCACAAUUUACAGAAACGUUACAAAGGAAGACUAUAUAGAUAUUAUAUAUAAAUACAGCUACGUUUUUAAAGAAAGAUUAGGGAGCGAACAUUUUUGUUGUAUUCCUUUUCAUUUUAAAACAGACAAAAUCAAUAAAACAUGAUUUGGUAUUUCAAGUACAAAAGAAAAGAACAACGUAGACAAAAAAACGAAAAAGAAACAAAAAAGUUGUACUGUGCCAUGUUUUCUUUGAAUGUUGUUUAGUGCAAAGACAUUUUGUUAGAUGGAAUGUGCUACCGUAUGAUUUUAAAUAUGAACAUGCCUAGUGACUGAAAAGAAUUGUUUGAGUAAUGACCCCAGUUUAGAUCCUUGUUGAAAAUAGCGGGGAAAAGAGACGGCGCGCUGUCGUCGUCACUUUUCUCGAGUUCAGACGAUUGAUGGUUGUCACGGUGAUGACUUGAAGUUGCUGUUGUUCCUAAUUCAUUCGGUGGAAUCUUUUGGUUUGAGGAAACCAAACACACACUCACAGGAAUCGUUGCUUUUACAUGACUACGUCAGUGUCGGGCCCCAAGGCUGGUUCUUUUUCCUCAAGCAUCAAGAAGUGACAGUUCGGUGCAUCGUGGUGUUGUGACUGAACAGUGAAGGAGCUACGUCGCACUACAGCAAAAAAAUUCUCAUUUUUUUCCCCCGUUUGCCACACAGCCACCAAAUGUAACCGUUAGGAUUCCACCGGCCCCGAGUUUGUGUUGUCCAUCUCUCGAAGGAUGGUUCGUUUGUCCGACUCGGCCCUGUGGGAGCGGAGCCGCGGCCCUGGUGCUCUCAGACUCUGUUUACGUCUUCGUACAGGAGCCACACAGGUCAGGUGGAGCUUAGUGGAGCCUCUCAGUGAUGACACAGUGGGGAAAGUGGGAAAAGCUGUUUCAAGCCUAAGGCCACCUCUCUUCUUUUUUUUUCUCAUGUUCUCAAUUUAAUACCCAAAUAAAGGGGCAAGGAAAAGACUAGUGAGUGUUUCUCUCCACCUCUAACUUAUCUAUUUGAGACAGGGACUUCAGCUCUUUAUCCAUAAGGGGAGGAGUAUAGAGAGAUAGAGAGGUGAGACACCUCCGUUCAUUAGUAAUCCUCCCCUUCGCCUGCAGCUCUUGUUUCAAACGAGCCUAUUGCCAUGUGUGGCUUAAGCUUUUUCUUUUCUUUUUUUUAUGACUGCUCUCCUAAGAGGAUUUCUUUGUUUCUCCUCUUUUGUUUUGACGUCUUGAAGUUGAAUGUUUUUUAAAUUUGUGGUGAGAAAUAAUGUUUUCGGAUUCUUUUUAUCCUUUUUUUAUUUCCUGCUUGCCGAAAAACCAAACUGUGGUCUGUAAAUUGUUUUUGUUGAUGUUUCAUUUGUAAAUUGUACACUUUCCAUGAUGAACAAACGCUGUUUGACAAUUUUUUUUGUAAUCAGGUUGUUUUUCUUGUUUGUUUGGGUUUUGUUUUUGUUUUGUCUUCUUAUUUUCCACAUGUAAAUUGUACAUUUUGCGGUACACAGAAGACGGAUCUCUCUUUGGUUUGCCUGAAAGUUUAAGUACUUGACCGAACUCAAGGUUUCAUUUCCUGAUAUCGAGGAACAAAAUGAAAAUGUUGCAUCAGA